AUGGCUACCAACGAGGCGCCAGCGCCAUCGCCAACGCCAACAGAACCCUCCAAAACAGUCGAAAUCAACGGCAAAAACUAUGAACCCGUGCAAGAAGGCCUAGCAACGAUCCUCAAACCCAUAAAGAACGAACCAUCAAAAAUCAAGCCCCGCGGCAGCGGAUUUGAACAAGAAGCCUCGGUGUUCUACAACCCGAUUCAGCAGUUCAAUCGUGAUUUGAGUGUGCUUGCCAUAAAAGUAUUUGCGAAUCAUCAUGUUGCGGUUAUACAGGAGCAGAUUGCGAAGAAGAAGCUGAGAAGAAAGAAUAAGAGCAAAAAGAGGAAGAGAGAGGAAGGGGAAGAGGGGGAUGGUGCUGUCGCUGGUGAGGGUGAGGGGGAGGUGACGAAGAAGCAUCAUGGUGAGGGACAAGAGCAGGGUGCGGAUGAGGUUGUGUCGGCGGCUGUGGCGGCACCUCCGGAGACGGAAGUUGAUUCUGCUUCGACGACAAAGCCAGUGAGGUUUCAGAUCCUCGAUGCCCUAUCUGCCACCGGUCUGAGAGCAUUGCGAUAUGCGAAAGAAAUUCCCCAAGCCACAAGAAUCGUUUCGAAUGAUUUGUCGUCGGCGGCCGUGGAAGCUAUCAAACUCAACAUCAAAUAUAAUGAAGUCGAAGACAUCGUCCAACCCAACGUCGGCGAUGCGCGGGCAUACAUGUACAGUCUCCAAGGCGAAAACCACACAAGCGACGGAAACGGGAAGAAGUUCAACGUCAUUGACCUUGAUCCCUAUGGCACCGCUGGCAUGUUCCUAGACGCCGCAGUGCAAGCAGUCAACGACGGAGGUAUGCUGUGCGUCACGUGCACGGAUGCAGGAGUCUUUGCGUCAACUGGAUUCCCCGAAAAGACGUAUGCGAUGUACGGCGGCAUUCCCGUGCGGUUACCGCAUGGACACGAAGUUGGGCUCCGACUUAUCCUUCAUGCCAUCACCAGUUCAGCAUCUAAAUACGGCCUGGCUAUCGAGCCUCUUCUCUCCUUGUCCAUCGAUUACUACGCUCGAGUCUUUGUGCGCGUUCACAAGUCACCCAUCGAAGUCAAGGCUUUGUCUAGCACCACGAUGCUAGUGUAUAGCUGUGAUUCGGGCUGCGGCGCCUGGACUACACAGUAUUUGACCAGCACCAAGGUCAAAACGGCCAAGGAUGGUAAAGAGCAUACCAAUUAUUGCCUGGGACAGGCUCCCACGGCAACACCGUAUUGCGAGCAUUGCGGAUUCAAGACGCAUUUAGCCGGUCCUAUGUGGGGAGGACCGUUGCACAAUCCUCACUUCAUCCAAAAGAUCCUGGAUUUGAUACCCGAGGUCGAUCCAAAGGCGUAUCGUACCUUGUACCGAAUCGAGGGGAUGUUGACGACCGCGUUGGAGGAAGAUCUAGAUCUAGCUACUACUCCUCAGGGAUCCGAGACCGAGGACGCAACGACAGAAGCGAAAGAGGAGCGAAAACAAGAAGAAUUAACACCUGUAAUCCCUCGCCUCUCGCCAGCCCUCAAAGAGAAAUACCCAUUUUUCGUCAGUCUCAGUGCGCUUGCGAAAGUGCUGCAUACUCAGACAGUUCCCAUCGACCUGUUCCGAGGCGCGUUACACGGUUUGGGCUAUCGCACAACGCGCAGCCACACAAGACCUAACAGCGUCCGCACCGACGCACCGUGGGACGUACUUUGGGAAAUCAUGCGCGAAUGGCUGCGUCAAGAUGCGCCGCCAUUAGGGAAGGAGGCGAAUCGAGAGCGAUAUAAGCCCGGUAGUGCGGGUGCAGGCAUUAUGAAGAAGGAUAGAUCAAAAUUCGCGGAGAGCAGUGCACUUGAUGCAUUGAAGACGGAACUUGAGACUGCGAUUCGAGAUGGGAAGGAUGUGGCUGAUCUCACGACGAGGAUUGAGGCUGCUCUGUACCGGAAGGGUCGUCCUGGCUCUGCCUCUGCUGUUGCAGCUGCAGGAGCAACCGCUCCUGGUGCCGAGUCGGCUGCGAAAGAAGAGAGACCGCACCCGAGCACAUUGACUAUAAAUUUCGACGAGACUCUAGGCAAAAAGUUCUCGACCGAAUUCAGGAAUAAGAAGAAAGUGGCGCGGUAUCCGCUCAAUCCUGAGGUGAAUUGGGGACCUAUGAGAAUGGCGACGGGGCGGUAG